UGCAGCAGCUGCUGCAGUUAAAGCGCACCAUCAUCAGCACUCACAACAUCCACAACAGCAACUGGAUAUUGAGCCGGACAGACCUAUUGGAUAUGGAGCCUUUGGUGUUGUCUGAAAGUUGGCUUCACUUGUUUCUCUUGGCAGAACGAGGUUUAGAGUGGUGAAGAGCAACCUCCCGUUAACAGGCCACACCGCCAGUCUUCUUUAAGAUGAACGCAGCGUGUUUACAUGCCUUCUGUGCAUUUAAUUAGAAUAUGUAUUCUGUUUAGCUAAGCUGUACUUCCUAAAAUUUCAGGUUAACAAAUGAGUAUUAGAAUAUAUGUUUUGACCUGACAUAAGAGCUGGAAAUUGAAAGCGUAUGAAAAUGUCUUCCUCCUUCAGUUACCUGUCAAGAUCUUUGUCUAGGAGACGGCUUGACCUGCAGUGGUAUGCUAUAUGCUGCCUACAACAGAAUAUCUGAACUUUGCUCUCCUCUCAUAAAUGUAAAUGGGAUUUUCUGUCUACUGUACUACUGCCUACAGCUCUUUUAUUCCCCCAGCUGCUGUUUCAGAGGAUUUUGUCAGUGGAUCGUAAUCUCUUCUAAUAUAUUUUGUGACCACCUUAAUGUAAUGUAUGCAAUUAUUGCCCUUCAGGAUCACUGAAGCGAAGCUAGAGUGAUUUUUGAGUAGUUUUUUAUAAGCCUUUGCCAGACUUACCCUGUUCCGUAAAGCUUUGUGGAACCAUAGGAGAUGCCUGGGUUUUGUUUUUGAGAGCAAGCGUACUGCAGCACGCUUCCUGUGCAGGGAACACCAAGUCUGAAGUGGGUAACUGUGGCGCGUCCCUGCAGAGCUUGCCUCGGCGCUCGGUCGGUGUGACUUUGUGUUGCGUGAGGAGUUCUGCUUCAGGUACUGCCCGUGCUUGGACUGUACCGAGGCAGAAGUGCCGUGCGCCUGGGGUCGUGGCCGCUGGCGGCGUGCAGCGCAGAGAGCUUCGCGGUACGGGGCUGGGAGCACGGCACGGUAGUUCCUCGCCCCUGCCCUGGCACGGGUCACAGCAGUAUUUGCAAUAAACCGUCUUUUCUAGGAGAACCGACGGGCUAGGCGUAGCUUGGUGUUAGAGCUGAUCCUGUGCCCCUGAACUCAGCAGGUCCAGGAAGUUCAGCUAAACGCUGACUUUUCAAAGUCGGGGGGUGCUGUUGUGCAGCCGGCGCUGUGCUGCUCUCGCUGCGAUAGCGUACAGAAGUCUAUGAAAGAACGGAAACUGAGAAGAAAUCUUUAAAAUACGUAUCUAAAGAUUAUUUCCAUCUGCUUGUGUAUUUAUUUCUGGAUAAAGUGUUUUUUUCUCUUUAAUCUUAAUUGUUACAGGCUGGCUUAAAUGUAGGGUGUUAUGUAAGAUCAGACCUCGUUAUCGUUCGUUUCUAACAUUUUGUUUACCUCUGCAUAUUUCCUGGGGAUCUUUAUUUUUCUCAAUUUUAUUUGCCAAAAAAGAUCUUUGCCAGGAGAGAUCUCUUUUGUAAUAUUCAGUAGAAUAAAAGGUUACGUUUGCAUAUUUAAAUAUCAUAUCAUUAAGAAUGCUGAGGAAAAAAUGUGUAGAAAUAAGGAGGGUCUGCAGGGACUGAUGUUGGGCAGGGUGCUGCCAGAAGUGCCCCUUGGUCCCCAGACCCCUGGCUGUCCAGCUGCACCCACACAAACAGGAAUUGCCACUGGUGAGACUGUGCUUGCAAAGUUGUAACUACAGCUUUUACUUCAAGAUAACAAUAGUUUUGUGGCCUUUUUAUUUUUUUAAAGGUCAUGGGGGUGUUAAAUGAACUAAAAGCAGAAGCCUGGAGGUCAGAUCUCCUUGGUAAAGUCGUAACUCUGUACAGACUGAGAACAUAAUCGGCUGAAAUCCAGUUUCUCUUUGCUCACGUGUGUUUGAGUUCUGUGGUCACUGUUAGGCUUUUGGCAUCUCGUAUUAACUACUGCAAGUGAAUGGGUACUGCAUUUGGGAGUCUGCGCGUCAGCAAGAGUUAAGCUGAAUUUUAGAUUUCAUUCAAACCGUGAAAGCAUGCCUGUGUAAUUUAAUUCCGGCUGUAUAAGAUAAUGGAACUGAACAUAAACAUUGAGUUGGGUAUUUACACUUCGGGUUAACUUAGACAUGAAGAAAUGCAUACUUUGGUGCAAAUGUAACGUGAAAUUUUCAGCAAGAUAAGGCCUAAGCUGCUUGUGAAUAAGGAUUCUGUUGCGUAGCUGUCUCUCUUCCUGAGCACUUACCGGCACUGAUAAAUAACUGAAAAGUUCAUAUAUGUAUUGGGGGAAACUGGUGUUAUUCGACAGGCAGUUAAGUAUUUGAAGGAGUAGUCUUUCAUCUCACUGCUGCGAUGUGUCAUCGCGUUGUCUAGAAAGAUGCAGCUUGUCCUGCAGUUAGGCUUAGCUCCUCAGAGAAGCCAUCGGCAGGGAGCGGUACCGAGUUUCCCGUUAGGUUACUGGGAGAGAUUUUGUCUUGGCGUUGAGUUAGCGUUCGUCAUUAGCUCGUUUGUCUGGUGCUUUAUGAUGUGUUGGGGUUGCUAAUGUGCUGCUGGAGUUUGUCACUCACGAAGAGCUGAAGCAUCGUGCUUCAGCAUUUUCAUGAUUAACUCCUGCGGGCUGCACUCUCAGUUGUGUACACAGGCUGUGUCCGUGAUUAUCUAGACACCAGUAGGUCCUAAAUGAACUGUCCUGGGCACCUCUCCUGUGACUGAGUGUUGAUUUUAACAUGAACUUCACCCAAACUGGCGAAGUAGAAAGGAAUCUCUUCAACAGUCACCGUUAAAUUGCUGCCUUGAUAGAGCAAGGGUUUGAAGUUGGCAUUGCGCGUGCUAUCGCCGCGCCGAGCCUCGCUGUUCCUGCACACGCAGAAGCGUGGGGGUGGCAGGGGAGGUGCAGAGGCAGGAGGCGUACGGGGGCCUCCCACCAGCUCCUGCAGAUUUGCUUAGUGUUCUGCUCUGGCGGAGGGCCGAGAGCUGAGCUGUGUACCUGUCCUGCUGACAACAUCUUAAAAUACUGGGGAAAUAAAGCCAGAUUUUAGUUUCAGUGAAAGCUCCGUGCCCCACGUUUCAAAACGUGUAUCUGGUGUUGGGAAGCCUUGUGUAUACCCUAAGAAUGAGGAGCUGUCCUUUGCAGAAGUGCUCCCUGUUUUGGUGGGCAGACGUGCUACUGCCAUCUGGUGGGAUCCUUAAAAAUAAGAGAGAGAAAAAAUGCCGUGAAGCUGGCUCGGGAGUGAGGGGCGAAGACUCGAUACAUCUGCAAGAGGAGCUCGUGCUGCUUUCAUGCCAAGUGCCGAGAGCAGAGGAAAACUGCAGCUCCCGUGGAGGCAGGCGGGGAAGGAUUACUUUUGUUGCUGGUUCAAGCUGCUGGGAUUGUAUGGGAAGGUCUCGCUGGUUGGGGUACGUCCACUCCCUGAGGGUAAGAACCUGCGCCUCUGUAAGGUCAGUAACAGAUCCACGAGAUGGAAAGAGAGUUGCACUCAAAAAGAUGCCCAACGUCUUCCAAAAUUUGGUCUCUUGUAAAAGGGUCUUCCGGGAGUUGAAGAUGUUGUGUUUUUUUAAGCAUGACAAUGUACUCUCAGCCCUCGACAUACUCCAGCCUCCACACAUUGACUAUUUUGAAGAAAUAUAUGUUGUCACUGAAUUGAUGCAGAGUGACCUCCAUAAGAUUAUCGUCUCUCCUCAGCCACUCAGCUCGGAUCAUGUCAAAGUUUUUCUUUACCAGAUUUUAAGAGGUCUGAAAUAUCUACAUUCUGCUGGCAUUUUACAUCGAGACAUUAAACCAGGGAACCUACUUGUGAACAGCAACUGUGUUCUUAAGAUUUGUGAUUUUGGAUUGGCCAGGGUGGAAGAAUUAGAUGAAUCUCGUCACAUGACUCAGGAAGUUGUCACUCAGUAUUAUCGAGCUCCAGAAAUCCUGAUGGGCAGCCGUCACUACAGCAAUGCUAUUGACAUCUGGUCUGUAGGCUGUAUCUUUGCAGAAUUACUUGGGCGAAGAAUAUUGUUUCAGGCACAGAGUCCCAUUCAGCAGUUGGAUUUGAUCACAGACCUGUUGGGAACACCAUCACUGGAAGCGAUGAGGACAGCUUGUGAAGGCGCCAAGGCACACAUACUCAGGGGUCCUCAUAAACAGCCAUCCCUUCCUGUCCUAUAUACACUUUCCAGUCAAGCUACUCAUGAAGCAGUUCAUCUCCUUUGCAGAAUGUUGGUCUUCGAUCCAUCCAAAAGAAUAUCUGCUAAGGAUGCCUUAGCUCACCCAUAUCUUGAUGAAGGGCGGUUGCGAUACCACACUUGUAUGUGCAAAUGCUGUUUUUCCACAUCUACUGGAAGAGUUUAUACUAGUGAUUUUGAACCCAUCACUAAUCCCAAAUUUGAUGACACUUUUGAAAAGAACCUCAGUUCUGUUCGUCAGGUUAAAGAAAUAAUUCAUCAGUUCAUUUUGGAACAGCAGAAAGGAAACAGAGUACCUCUCUGCAUCAACCCUCAGUCUGCUGCUUUUAAGAGCUUUAUUAGUUCCACAGUUGCUCAACCGUCUGAGAUGCCGCCAUCUCCACUGGUUUGGGAGUAAAGUGGAAGAUAAUAUACUACUGAAGAUGUAAUGUAGCUUUCCACUGGAGUCUGGGAUUUGCAAUUCUGGAGGUUAAUCAUGCUUGUACUGUAAUUUUACUAAUGAAGUUUUAAAUUAACAACCACUACUUGUACAAUAUGAAUAAUAUUUAGAAAUGUACUAGACUUUUAAUCUUGUAAAGUGGUUGUGCUUUUAGAAGAAAAUAUUUUACCCAGAGUUGCACGUGUUUUAUGAAUUCUAGUGCAGCUGUGAUGGCUCAGCUCAGAACAAACAGAAUUGAACCAAAUUUGGGAAGGAUUUUUUUCUUUUUUUUUUUUUUUUUAAUCAAAGAGAGAUUGUACAAAAAGAUAGACAUUUUGAUAUUGAGCCAUUCCUGAAGAUUUGGGGUUUUCUAAAACUAAGGAAUACAGAAAACUUGACUGCGACCAAUCAUGAAGUCAUGUCAGAUGACAGUGACCACGGUAGGUGGGCAUGUCACCUGGUGAUCCAAUCUAUAAAUAGCUUCUCACUAGAGCUGUGAUGGUGAUGUGUGCUGUUCUAAAAUCAGAUGUUGUGAGUAGAGAGAAUGAGUUUGUGACUAGGAGAGACUAAACUUCUGUUUCCUUACCCAGUAUAAAUAUAUAUAUAUAUUUAAUCUAUUUUUAUUAGAAGUUUUUUCUGCUCUUUCUUACAUAAAAACCCCCCAGCAUGCAUCUUCUAUGUGUGUAAAUAAUUCCAUUUAUGGGCUAAUUUCAGAGAUCCCUGACAUCAUUGCUGUAUAGAGAGAAACUAGCUUGCACAUUUUAGGUCUGUGAAAUUUUGUGAGAAUUUUUUCCUGCACUGGACAGUUGAGAGAAAAAAAAAAAGGAAAGGAAAAAAAAGCACAUAGGGAAUUAUGUUAAUUGUGUUUGUGUCUUUAGGCAAAGCUGUGGAAGUCUUGAAAUGUCACAGUAGUAAAUAACUUUUAUUACUUUUUGGCUAAUUCUUUUUCUGUUGGAACACUGAAUUCUGUGCAUAUGUAUAUAUGAACACAAAUUGAAGGCCUCUACCUCCUGGAGUAUACAACUUGGUUUGUUUACCUCCACAUGAUUUUUUUUUUUUAAGUUCAGUGUGGAGACUUGAAACUUGAAUGUCCCUUCCAACUUUUAUAUUUAAAACAAGACUAGAAAAUUGAAGACUGUUUUUCACCUGUACAAAGAAAUAUUAAAGGGUGGUCUUAAAAUUUGAACAUUGGUCUGGAGAAAAACCAUGGUGUUUGUUACGGACAAUUAACUGUUAAAGUUAUUGUAAGUUAUCUGUAUUUAGCAGAGUAUUUUCAACGAGUGAUCUGAGCUGAAAUUGGAGACUAUUAGUAAGUUAUGUUUGGAAGUUUUAACUUCAAUGAAGUAAUUAUUUGCUGUGAAAGAGACAAACAUUGAAUAACUGAACAAAGAUGGUGCAAUAUCUUUGUUUUUUAUGAGGCUCCUGAGAAUAAAACCAACUGAAGCAUUUCAAUUCACUUGAAUGAGAAACGUGUUUAAUUAAAAGAGCCCAAGAAGACACUGGUAUGAAAGGUAAAAUCUCAGAGGUUGGUCAGUUAAUGUGGCACACUUGCUGGUCACUUUGUAAAAUGUAGAUUUGAAGUACAGUGGUGAAAACAUUAAAUGUGACAUUUGAAAAA